AUGAAGACAACUUUAUCGGAAUUUAUUGAUUAUGAAAAGUGAGUUAGCCUGAUGUUGUGGUAACAACUUCUAAUCGAACUAUUUUAGAUCACCGUGUUUCAUCAGAAUUUGCGGAAUUGAUGUCAACAAUAUCGUCGAAAUGUAUUAUUUAAGGGUGAGUUAAAUAACUAACAUCAAGCAAAUAAUCGAACUAUAUAAUAUUUCAAUUCAAGAGAAUUCGCCUUCUGGAAGAUCUGGGCAACACAAACAUUCAACCAACUUCAAUUCGACAUCUACACUGUCGACAUAUUUUUUGAAACUUUAUGAAACUGAAAUGUCUUCAGCAUCAAAGGCAAACAGGACUGAUGCUAUGAGCAAAUAUGGUUCUUUAGUGAUUGUGAAAAGUUAGUUAGUCUCUACUAAUAAGGAAACAACUAUUUUUAUCAUUUUCAGAUCGUCAUGUCUCAACAUACCACAAAUUGAAGCUACACAAAAAUUCGAAAAAUAAAAAACUGCCAAUUUGGCGUAGCCAUAUCUUGCAAAAUUAUUAUUGA